ACAAAUCAGUAAACAUUUUACUUUUGAAUUUGGUUGUUGUGAUUAUUUCCAUUUAUUUCAAAACAAAUACAUUCGAAAUGAAGACGGUUUCAGUAAAUAAUGAAGAUGAUGAUAAACUAUAUUCAGGUUUAAUUCAGCAAGAUAAACAAGAAUGUGUUGCAAGUGCGGCCCUCACAUCGGAGAUCCUAUCGAAACUAAAUAUAUCCAUCGACGGCUUACCUCAGAAAUGCCAACAACUACUCAAACAGGCCGCAGAGGCACAACAAGCAAUGGACGUCAACCAACUCGAUCCCAUCGCCAUCUCUCUACACCAAACUAAAGAAAUAUCGGAAAAACUAGAAGACGAAUAUGAAAUAUUAAAACUAAAACAAAAGAAUAAUGAACUCCAAGCGAAAAUAGACCGUAAUAACAAGUUUUUGGACGGUUUGAGGAAAGAAUUGGAGGAUUCUAGAAAUUCUUUGUCAAGUCAGAAUCCAAACCCGGAAAAUAUUCAAGAGCAAAUUAGACAGUUGAAGCAGAAGGUGGCUUCUUAUGAGGAGAGCUGUGAAAAAGCUAAGUCAAAAUUCGCGAAGCUGUCAGUCCCAGACGCCAUAUUGCCGACGUCACUCACAGCACUAGUGACGUCACUAGUGUCAUUAAGAGAAGAGGCUGCCUCCUUGAAGCUGAGAGCUGAUGAUGUAGCACUGGCUAGGGAAGCCAGAGACACGUUCAUUAGGUUACGAAGAUAAGUUAAAAUAUAUACCUACCUGUAAUGUUACUGUAAGUAUUCACAAUAUAAUAUUAUGUACACGUA